AUGCGUCAGGACCUUGAUGCGUUAGACGUACACGCACUCGAAUGGCCGCGGGUAAUGGCCGCGUAUGCCGUCGGCAACGAGGUCUAUCUUGCGUCGUCCGCGAGGGGUCCGCCCCUUAUCUACAAAACCCCGUCCACUCAUGGCGGCCGUGGAGGGACACGGGAAGGCCUCCCUCCAGAUCUUGAACGUGCUCUCAGCGCCUGUAGCCAACGCACUCUCGUGAGCGCACAGCACAAAAAUGAUGCUAGUUGCGGGGAGAUGAAUAUCUUCCUUAUGUACCAUGAGAGGGAGCGUCCGGCUCUCCCUAAGGGGGGUAAAAUGGUGGCGUGGAGUGUAACUCCAGACAUUAAUGGUAAAAUUAUGGACGAAAAGAUUGUGGACCCGUGCUGGGGUGAUUCCCUAACCGAAUAUGGUUGUCAGGAAGUCAUGGGAGAGCUGCGGCAAGGGAUUAGUGUUCUCGCUGGCAAUACAAGGCCCGAGGCCUAUAACCCGAACAGUAUUCAAGCAAUGGAGUGGCAGCCACUUUUUUAUAGUGAAUCUACCAGAGGGAAAAGCCCUGACGACGUUUACUCUGAGUACUGUGAAUAG